ACUGGAUCAGGAACUCGACUUCAUUCUGUCACAGCAAAAGGAGCUUGAAGACCUGUUGACCCCUCUGGAGGAGUCUGUGAAGGAGCAGAGUGGAACCAUCUACCUGCAGCAUGCGGAUGAGGAACGGGAGAGGACCUACAAACUGGCUGAAAACAUUGAUGCUCAGCUGAAGUGCAUGGCACAGGAUCUGAAGGACAUCAUUGAUCACCUCAAUACUUCAGGAGGCCCAGCAGACACGAGUGACCCGCUUCAGCAGAUCUGUAAAAUUUUGAAUGCCCACAUGGAUUCACUGCAGUGGAUUGACCAGAACUCAG